GGAACACCUAUUAUUUGCGAAUCCUUUUACUGCGAUAUAUAUGAAAUUAAAUCAUUCCGGACAAAAUCAGGUGUUCCAAUUCCAAUUUAUGAAACAAUAUGCCAUCAGGACUCAGUGGACUGCGAUUUGGUCGACAGGAGCCAUCAACGCAUCAGCAUUCAUGGAAGAUAAGCCCAACCAUUUUGGCUCCCGCAAGCUCUAGGGAAGAGGAAGUACGGAUCCCAGACUCGGAAAUAUUUAGAGGAAUUUCCAUCCCUCCUGGUCACACACCCAGAGCUCUCGAUGCCUCAGACACAGGCAAAGUCGACCUUUUGUAUCCAUCAACUAAUCACUUAGCAAUGCACCUAUGUCUCAUUGAAUGUUUCUAUAAGCUAAGAAAUGAUGUUACAAACUCCAAGGAACUGGACGCCGUCAUCGGACCAACUGUGCCCCAUUUUGUCUCCGCAGAAAAUACUCAAAACUCCCAAACACACCCUACGGCUGCGGAUGCGGAUAUAGUCCGUACAAGCCAGAUAAAGAAAUGGGAACUAUUCGUAAAAGCAGCCGUUGGCCGUUUUAACGUUUGGUGGCAAAAUAUUGACAAGGUAAUACGACAUGCAAAAGCAUACAACACUAUCCCUGCCGCAGCGCAGCAGGACACUAGUACUCUCUCCAAAAACUAUCUUCCUCCAUUAGAUGUGCUGCUGGUGUGGUACAGCUACAUUCUCCAUCCUUCCUACUCUUCUGAUUGUGUGGAAUUUGGUAAACAAAAUGCAUUCAUGCUUUGUUUUCCUUGGCACGCCCUCUACGAAGUCAUUGAUCAGAAGACACUUGUCUACAACUUGCCAACUGCGGCAGCGAAUAUGUUUACGACCAUGUCGUCACAGGCUGUGGAUCUUAUUUCUUGUCUUUCAUCUCCACCUCCGUACACCGCGUCGAUAGGUGCCCAGUGCUCAAUUGACCUGGAAGACGCAGUCGCCAUGCAAGACAGCUUUGUUAAUGACACACAUCAGCUUCUCUGGCUCCGCUCGCCCGCAUGCUCGGGAUCAUUGACCCGCUGCAUGGAGAGAUAUAAGAGAUUUCUUCUUCUCGUACAUUUACAUCCAGACAGACGUGCUGGUUUGGUGCCAACAUGGGAUAUUGAGCUCGCGUUGAGAACCCAUCAACUUUAUGCAGACAAGUUUCACACGUUCGCCAGCCGGCCUUUUGGAAGAGAAUUGGAUUACGCCAAAGUUCCAAGACCCUUGGAGACCGAGAAAUCUACGGCAAAUACUACAACUGAGACCAAUACUGCUGAUUUAUGGAAAAGGCAGUUUGCAGAGCCAUAUACCUGUUGUCUCUGCUGGGCUUGCGAGUGUAUCAAGGAUGCCAGUGGUGGAAGUGAGGUGGAGGUAUCUACGAGCAACCUGUCCCAGAAGCAUAUAAAAGAAAUUCAGAAGGCGCUCCAGUUCUACGCGUCCGUUGAGAGAGCACGAGAGUCUGGAGACCGGCUCCCGACUUCUCCGCGUCAAGCCAAGAAGAAGGAUGACAAGUGGGAACUAGAUUGGGGUCACGGUUGGCGGGAAGUGGUUGUAAAAGGCAAAUUUGAUGAGCAUGGGAAUCCUGUUAAGAAGGUUGUGAGGGAGAAAGCGUACACUUCGCAUAUCAACUGGAUGAUGGGAGCAACAUAACGCGUAUGGUAUGAGAUACAAUCUAAUGAUUCAUGAUUUUUACUAUAAUAUACUGCACUUCCAGUUGUCCUCCAAUUGAAUGUAUCGCUUGCAUAUUAGAGUAAUAUUAUAUAUCAGAACUUUA